AUGACUGAAGAAGAAUUAAAGAGGAAAAUUAGAGUCCGCGGGGGUCACCGGGCUUCAGCCAAACGCAUAAUUGCCGCAGCUGAAGAAAGUCUUCAAGUAUUCGACCCAAACAACCCAGAAGCAGUUAUUAAGGUGAAACAGCAGCUGACCACCCUCAAGGAAAAAAUGAAAACUCUGAGUGUGCACGAUGAAGAAUUAUUAAGUUUGGUAAAGGAAGAAGAAAUCGAAAACGAGAUUGAACAAGCUGAUAUAUUUAAGGAACGAUUACAACACUCGAUAGUAAGCAUCGAAAUGGCACUAGAGAAAAUUGUAAACGAGACAUUGGCUCAUGGUAGCACUGUUAGUGGCACAUCACCCAGCUCGUCUAAUGUAAGUCAAAAUUCAUCUUAUUCUGCUACUGUAAAAUUACCAAAGUUAAGCUUGAAAAAAUUUAGUGCGGAUGUCACAAAGUGGACAACAUUUUGGGAGUGCUAUGAAUCUGCUAUUCACAAUAAUGCUAAUCUCACAAAGAUUGAAAAGUUCAAUUAUUUAAAAUCACUUUUGGAACAUUCUGCAGCAGAAACUAUAGAGGGACUGCAGUUAACAAAUGCAAACUAUGAUGAAGCAAUUAAGAUCUUGAAAGAUAGGUUUGGAAAUCAACAAAUUAUUAUCAAUAGCCACAUGGAAGCCCUGUGUAAUAUACCAAAUGUUGGAAGUAUUGACAAUGUCAAAAUGCUUCGUCAACUUUAUGACAAAGUAGAAACCCAUGUGAGAAGCCUUACAAGUCUUGGAGUCAAUUCAGGCUCAUAUGGGAAUCUAAUGAUUUCAAUUCUCAUGAAUAAGCUACCACAAGCAAUGCGUGUUAUUGUUACGAAGGCAUUGGGGAGCACAUGGACCCUUGACAAAAUGUUGGAUACUGUUAAGUCUGAAUUAGAAGCCCGUGAAAGAGCCAACAUGUUGAGUUCAAAAACCAGCAAGCAAACCACCAUAUUCCCCACAUCCAAGGCGAUACAGCAGUGCAGCAACCCUCCUAAACAAUGGAACCCCUCCGACAUGCACUUAUUGUAAAAAUACCCAUCCCUCAGCUCAUUGUAAUGUUGUCACCAACCCAAACCAAAUUAGGAAGUGGCAAGCCAAUCUUUAACCAAGGAGAGCAGAAAGUCUUAGGUUUGCGAUGGAACACCGCGACAGACUGUUUCGUUUUCGACCUAAAGAGCCUUGUAGAAAAUGCAAAGAAUUGCGAACCAACAAAACGAAACAUUGUUAGUGGGGUAUGAAGUAUAUACGACCCUGUUGGAUUCCUGUCGCCAAUAACAAUUCGACUUAAAAUCCUGCUACAAGAGCUGCAUGAAAGAAAAAUCAGUUGGGACGAACCACUAGACGUGACGUCGAAGUCAGCAUGGUUCAAAUUAGUUGGAGAACUCGAGAAGGUCGAACAGAUGGUCUUCCCUAGAUAUUUUGUCGUCGGCGUAGAGGAAGAAGUUUUGUCUUAUUCGCUACACGGGUUCUGCGACGCCUCCGUCAAAGCGUAUGCCGCAGUAAUUUAUCUAAAGAUGGAGACAUUACAUGGUGUAUACGUAAGGUUCGUAACGUCAAAAUCGAGAGUGUCUCCCCUGGAAAGACAGUCGAUUCCACGCUUAGAACUAUUGUCAGCGCUCAUACUCGCCCGGCUUAUCGAUAAUGUUGAACGAGCAUUGAAAUCAGUCAUAAAUAAUAGAAAGAUAUAAAUAAUUAGAUAAUAAUACACAGUUGCGUUCCUUGUCGACGCUUCGAGGGAAAGCCAUAUAACCCAGCAGACCCACCACCAUUACCCAAAUCCAGAAUAGUAGAAGACCCACCAUUCACAUGUACGGGUAUUGACUUUGCUGGACCAUUAUAUGUUAAAAACGAAGAUAAAUCCAGCUUAGAAAUGGCGAAGACGUGGAUAUGUUUAUAUACAUGCGGCGUAACACGAGCUGUCCACCUCGAACUUGUCCGAGAAAUUUCGACGGAAGCUUUCUUGAGAAGCUUUAAGAGAUUCACCGCAAGACGCGGGGUUCCAGCCAAGGUUAUAUCGGACAAUGCUAAAACCUUUAUCUCAGCCGCAAAGAAAUUAUGCGCCCUGUUUGAUCUACCUGAAGUGAAAUGUUAUCUAUCUUCCAAGAAAAUCCAAUGGUGCUUUAACAUAGAAAAGGCUCCCUGGUGGAGAGGCUUUUUCGAACGAUUGGUAAAAUCAGUAAAACGAUGUUUGAAGAAGGUUCUAAAGAAUUCGAAGGUAACAUACGAUGAACUACUAACCAUUGUAACCGAAGUUGAAGCUAUCCUUAACUCCAGACCGAUAUCAUACGUGUCAUCCGAAGAUAUCGAGGAAUCGCUUACUCCUUCGCACUUGUUGUGUGGUCGACGUCUUCUAUCAUUACCCAACAUUGUCAAUGACAACGACGAAAAGGAUCCAGACUGGCAACCAAACAAGAGCGAGAUUGUCCGUAAAGGAGUACAUCUGGAAAAACUAAUCGAACAUUUUUGGAAAAGAUGGCGUAAUGAAUACCUAUUGGAACUUAGAGAAUCACAUCGCUUGAGAAUCAAGAACACCCCACAGAGAAGAAUUGUUCGAGUAGGAGAUGUGGUUGUCGUUCGUGAUGACACGCCAAGAGUUUCGUGGAAAAUAGGUCGAGUCGAAGAACUGAUUACUGGUAAAGAUGAUCAAGUCAGAGGAGCGGCAGUCAAGAUUAGUAGCAAGGGAAUGAAACCUAGCAAACUAAGAAGACCAAUACAGGCGUUGAUCCCGUUGGAGAUUAAUGACGCAGAAAACGAAGACGCUGAAAGAGAAAACCCAUCCAAGAAGAAAGACGAUCCAGAGGAAACAGUUGAAACAUUAAAACCAAGAAGAAAGGCAGCCGUCGCAGCAGAUGAACUACGAAAGCAGUGGCUACAACAGCUAAGUUGA